GGACAGCUGGGAUUCGGUCCCUCCCUCCUCCGAGCGUUUUCCAGCCCGCCGAAACCCACUUACCAGGUGGCCAUGGCCGCACUGCUGACUCAGGGUCCUCCGGCUCCUGACUUAGUUUCUGGAUUGUCACCCGCGGCCUCAACUCCGGCCAGCCAGAGCGCAGAGGCCUCGGUGGACAAUGGAUCGGUGGCUGGCACAGGCACUCAGGCAGUCACGCCUUUCCAAAGCCUGCAGCUGGUGCAUCAGCUGAAAGGGCUGAUCGUGCUGCUCUACAGCAUCGUGGUGGUCGUGGGGCUCGUGGGCAACUGCCUGCUGGUGCUGGUGAUCGCGCGGGUGCGUCGGCUGCACAACGUGACCAACUUCCUCAUCGGCAACCUGGCCUUGUCCGACGUGCUCAUGUGCACCGCCUGCGUGCCGCUCACGCUGGCCUAUGCUUUCGAGCCACGCGGUUGGGUGUUUGGCGGCGGCCUGUGCCACCUGGUAUUCUUCCUGCAGCCAGUCACCGUCUACGUGUCCGUGUUCACUCUCACCACCAUCGCGGUGGACCGCUACGUGGUGCUGGUGCACCCGCUGCGCAGGCGCAUCUCGCUGCGCCUCAGCGCCUAUGCUGUGCUGGCCAUCUGGGCGCUGUCCGCGGUGCUGGCGCUGCCGGCCGCCAUGCACACGUACCACAUCGAGCUCAAGCCGCACCGUGUGCGCCUCUGCGAGGAAUUCUGGGGGUCUCAGGAGGGCCAGCGCCAGCUCUAUGCUUGGGGGCUGCUGCUCGUCACCUACCUGCUCCCCCUCCUGGUCAUCCUUCUGUCUUACGUCCGGGUGUCAGUGAAGCUACGGAACCGCGUGGUGCCCGGCUGCGUGACCCAGAGCCAGGCCGACUUGGACCGUGCGCGGCGCCGCCGCACCUUCCGCCUGCUGGUGGUGGUCGUGGUGGUGUUCGCCGUGUGCUGGCUGCCGCUGCACGUCUUCAACCUACUGCGGGACCUCGACCCGCAAGCCAUCGACCCUUACGCCUUUGGGUUGGUGCAGCUGCUCUGCCACUGGCUCGCCAUGAGCUCGGCUUGCUACAACCCCUUCAUUUACGCCUGGCUGCACGAUAGCUUCCGUGAGGAAUUUCGCAAGCUCUUGCUUGCCUGGCCCCGCAAGAUCGUGCCUCACGGCCAGAGCAUGACAGUCAGCGUGGUCAUCUGAUUCCACUGCACCAGGCCUUGGCUGGGGAGCUCCACGUCCCCUAGUCUCGGAGGGUGCCCACUGAGGCCAGACUGGAGAGCUUCUUCCCAGCGCCAGAGCUAAUCCAACACGUGGCCAAACUUCCAGCCUAGCCCUCUUGUCCAGCUGUCUUGCUUCAUCCUUAUGUCUUUGUAAAAUGUUGAGUGGCCUUUGGUGGGAGUCUUGUGCUUUGCUUGGAAGAGGCCAGGGAGAGGGGAGAGGAUUUAUUAUUUCCUCCUUAUGCCCCUGCAUGCUAAACAAAGCUCUUUCUCCUGGUUCACAGCAAUAUUGCAGAACCGUGGCUGUCUUUCUUGCUUUUGCUUCUGCUUGCUCAAUGGUGAGAUGAAGGAACAAUGGAAGUGGGAUUUAAAAUAA